UUCCCGCAGUUAAAUGCAAAAUUGCGAAUGAAUAUGCCGUCAAUACACCCUUGGGGAUUAUUCUAUAUUGGAAUUGUGUGUUUAAAUAUUUAACGAGUGAAACACACACACACACACAAUGCAGAUACAAUACACAUGAAUAUUACAAUAUAAAACAUUAAACAUGCUAAUGGUUAAUCCGCUUGGUCGGAGUCUCGUCAAAUGGUAACAACGUAUAUUGUUCACUAUUUAACAUAAGUACGUAUUUUAUGUUACGCAAGAGACACGCUGCCGUCGAAACCAAAUGUACACUAGAAAAAACGAAAACGAGCAGCUGGAAAACCUGCUCAGCCAAUAUUUUAAAACGAGAUCAUUUUUCCCGUAUGGAGCUGUCAAAGAUGAUAAAUCUAAAUUUGUCAAUGAUGGAUCUACGUACCGACAAAAUAGUCUUGUGCACCAGAAAUAUAGCAAGCUUAAAUCACCCAUAUUUGAAUUUAAUACGUUUUGCUCCAUGACCAGCUUGCAUGGCUUCUCUCAUUUUGUUGAAAACAAUUUUAAUAAGAUUGGAAAAUAUUUUUGGGCUAUUAUUUUAAUAUUCAUAUACAUAUUAUGUGGUGUGUCGAUUUACUUUUUAAUACGCAUGUUUUCGGAGAUGCCAGCAAUAAUAUCGUUGGACAACUCGGUUUCCUCGAUUUGGGCGAUCCCGUUUCCAGCAGUUACGGUGUGCAGCGCGAACCAAGUCCGCUCUUCCGUUUAUAACAGCUAUUCGGACAUUAACAUUACCGACUACGAAGACCAGUACGGGACUUCUAUACAUACGCUAUUAAAAUUUAUUCACAAUACACAUUUGUUUCGUUUAUGUGUUUUACUCGACAGAUUUAUUCAGAAUACAAUACACGGUGUUUGCGAAAAUAAUCCAAUAAAUAAAAAUUGGAAAUCGUACGAUGACUAUCUAGACGGUUCCUUUGUUUCGCAAGUUUUAAAGGAAAGUACUAUUAUUGUUAUUAUCUUACUUGUGUUGAGCGUUUUUAUUUUCUUCAAAUGUGCACAUUAUAUUGUAUUGGUAUAUUUAUUUAAUAGAGCACGGUUCGAGCAUGUGUAUGUAUUCAAAUAAUUUACAAAACAAAAACAUAAUACAUAAUGCGAUGAUGAGUUAUGAAUUUGCGAUAUAAUUCAAUGAUCUUAGCCGUCUCUAUAUUUUAUACACCUACUUCCUAAAUUUUCAUUAUAUACUUGUAUAAAAGGUUUAUUAAACUAAAAAUAAUUUACUCAGCAAUAAAUUAAAUGCAUCUCAAGAUUAUUUGUCGGUAUUAAAGUAUUAUAAUUAUAAUUAAUUAGGUACUAUAUUUACAAAAUUUAAAAUAUAUGUACCUAUAUCAUUAAGAGAAAUGAUUUUAUUUUCUUCGUUAACAAUUUAUAUGGGUAUUGCUGUUCAUUAUCUAUGAACGUAAAUGAAUUUUGAACUU